UCAUCUAACUGGUCUCUACUACUCCAUCAGUUUAUUAAAGAAGAGAUAGAUAAGAGCAGCACGUUAGCGAGUUAGGGAGAGAAUAGAGACUAAGAGUGGGAGACUAGGAUAAGACACGUUUGAUUACUAAUCAUGGGUUUUAUCGAUGGAAAAUCGGCACCGGUGAUAAUAAUGAUUAUCGUGAUUAACAUGAUUAACGGGUUGGUUAACGCUUUGACUAAGAAAGUUCUUGAUGGAGGCAUUAAUCAUAUGAUUAUUGCUACCUAUCGUUUGGGUAUUUCUACAUUUUUUCUUCUUCCGAUCGCUUAUUUUUGGGAACGGAAUACAAGGCCGAAGCUAACAACAAGCAUCUCGUUUCAGCUUUUCGUCAGUGGCCUUUUUGGGGCGAGUUUGAUGCAAUAUUUCUACUUGCUUGGCCUCAGCUACACUUCUGCCACCUUGGGAUCUGCUUUCUGGGGCACAUUGCCUGCUAUAACUUUCAUUCUGGCAUUAAUAUUUAGAUUCGAAAAGCUAAGUGUGAAAACAAAGGCAGGGUACGGCGUCGUACUUGGAGCUAUGAUAAGCUUAGCUGGAGCUUUAAUUCUUACGUUGUACCAAGGCAUUCCAUUAUCGAACCCUCACGAACACGCAACGAUUUCACACAUCCAAAAAGGACAUGAGAACUGGAUCAAAGGCUGUUUUCUUUUAUCCUUAGGAGUUAUAUUUUUCAGUUCAUGGAUGCUUAUACAAGCCAAGGUCAACGUGAGCUACCCGUGUCCAUACUCAGGUACGGUCAUUUUAUCGGUCUUUGGGACGCUUCAGUGGUGUGGGUGCACAAGGAAUGUGUACGGUGGGAAUAUCAUGGUGCAUCAAACAACGUGGACCUGUCUUUACAUCAGCAUUCAGUCCUGUCACACUUAUGUUCGCAACCGUUUUCGAUUUCUUGAUACUUCAUCGUAUUAUUUAUUUGGGAAGGUAAAAUAAAACUGUGUUUUUAGUACAAAAAAAAAUUGUGCAAAUCCCCUGAACAUUAUUUCUAAAGUGCUUAAAAAAAAUUACUUAUGUGUUAUCAUUACCAUCGUCUUAAAGAGAGAUGAGAUAACCUAGUGAAAACUAUAACAUGGUUUCAAUCAUAUUAUAACACAUACAUUUUUAGUGAUAAAUAUUUUUACUUUUGAUAAAAUUCCAAAAUAAGAUAAUACUUAAAUAUGGUUCAAUUAUAAUUAAUUAUUGUUUUUUUUUAAAGAUUUCUAAUAACUAAAUUGGUUGCAUAACAAAUUUUUUAAUUAAAUACAUAAUUACUGUUAAAAUACUAAAAACUAAGAUAACAAAAAUAUAAGAAAUUUUUCAUUUAACUUAGAAUAAAAGUUAACAAGUUUUGUAUCAAACACAAAUUAAUACCUAAACAUUAUUUUAUUUGUGAAGUGACUUUUUAAAAUUUUUUUAUAUGUCACCACUAUAUUCAGUGAUAAAUAAAAAUAGGAUAUGGCUUAGUAUAAAAAUACGACAUAGCUUCAAUUAUAUAAUGACAUCUACAAAUUUAGUUAUCAAUACUUUUUAGUAAUAUUCCUAUAAUAAGAUAAUGGUUAAAUUUGGAUUAAUGAUAUAUAUAUAUAUAUAAAUAUAUAUAUUUAUAAUAGCUAAAUUUGGUUAAAUACCCGAUAAUAAAUCAAGUAAACAAUUAUUUUUAAAAUUAUAAACAGUAAUAUUAACACAAAUAUAAGAAAUUUAACUGAGGAUAAAAUUUAACAAGUUUUGUAUCAAACAUAAACUAAUCUAAAUUUAUUUAACAUUCAAAAUUUAAUUAUAGUUAAGUGCUUAAAAUGUAUAAUUAUACCCAUAAAUCAUCAUAGGUAGACGAGAUCAAUCGAGUUUCUAUCUUUAAAAUUUUUUUAAAAUGAUACAGUAUAAUAAUUUUUUGUGAUAUCAUCAUAGGAAAUUUCAUGUUUACCAUUUUCAUGAUACCAUUGUUCAUCUUUACCAUCUUCCAUUACUAAAUGAACAUUUUCAAAAAUAACUUCUUUAUUGUUAGGGAAUUUUUAUGUAGGAUUUUUGUAAGUACUAUGGAACAAUAGAAGAGCGAGAACAAAUAUAAGAAAUCGAGACUAAAAGAUGUUUUAUUGACAAAUUGAGCAGGAACUACAACGGUUGGUGUAUAAACCCUAGUUCUAGCCGUUUAGCUUUAAUUUCUUUGUUUAUGAAUGUCGAUCUUUUAUUCUAGGGUAUGGGCUCCCCUUAUAUAGUCGUAGAGAAGUAGGUUGAACAUGUCAGACUCUUCCAUAUAUAUAUUUAAGAAUCACUCUUAGUAGAAAACUUCCAUUUUACCCGGAGGCAGGUCCGGAAACAGGGGUAGGAGCCCGUUUCUCAUAUCGAAGGAGUCUGGAGGCCGGUAUCCUGCCCGAGGCCUGGAGAAUAGUAAUACUGGAGUAUUUUUCUCCAACAUUCAUUACACGACAAAAAACUCUUUAUACUUGUUCUCUAUAUAUAUAAUAAAUAAUUAUUUAAACAAAUAAAAGUAAAAUAAAAAUAAACAUAUAUUAUGUUUUCAGAUUAUAUUUUUUCAAAUUCAAACUUUUUUAUAAUUGUUUUUUGAUUUUUCUUUUUCAAAAUUAUUUUUUGAAAAUCGAAAAUUAUGUUUGAAACUAUAUUUUUUUUUUAAUAUUUAAGUAUUUAUUAGAAUAUUAAAUUUCGCAUUUCAAAAACCCGAUCCCAUCUCUCAACUCUAAAUCUAAAGUCUAGAUUAGUUAACACUAGGGGGGGGGUAUAGAAAUUUUUUAUCCUUCGUUAAAAGUGGUGAUGGUAAAAAUGAUUAUUGUAAACCAAAAAGUGGUAUUAUUAAUGUGGUAAUUUCCCUUUUAUCAUAUUGAUUCAUGAAAAGGAUUUCAUGUGUUUAGUAUAUAAAAAUUCAAUUUAAACAAGAAUAAAAUUUAACAAAUUUUGUAAAAAUAUCUAUAUUUUAUCAAAAUUAUAAUAAUUCAUUAUUUUAACAAUACAGAAAUUAAGAAAACUUUGAUUAAAAUUUAAAACUAUAUUAUAUUUAAAUAUAUUUAAUAUGGUUAAUUUCAUAACUAAACGCAUAUUAAGUUUUAAAUUUAAAUUUUAAUUUAUAUUCAAAUUUUAGAUUUUUUUAAAAGAAUGAAAUUUAAAUUUUAAAUACUUCGUACAGUGUAAGAAACCACUGGGUUAGUGUCAAAACAAUCUACAUACGUUACUAAUUCAAAUUUUUCUUUGUUAUCAAUGCAGUGUUAUUGGAUCUGUAGUAGUUAUUAUCGGUUUAUACAUAUUUUUAUGGAGUAAGAGAAAACAAAUAGAUAUCAGUAAAAUCACUAAGUUGCCUACUACUACAGUAAAGGAAGGAAAGGAAGAAGAAGACCAUACAAAUGUUAACAAUUAGGUUGUCUUUUAGUUAUCCCAUGAGUACUUUAUCUACUUUCCUAAACCCUUUUUUUUUGUCCAGAAAGAUCGAUAUGACCUACGAAUCAACUAUGAAGAAGAUAUGAAAGUGGUCAUUUGAUUGUUAUUGAAGUAUAUUAUCGCGUGUGUUGCAGUGUUAACCUUUUGGAUUUUACUUUCCAGUGACUUAAUCUGGAUAUUGUAAUUUUUAUAAAAAAAUUAAUAUUUCUUUGGACAAUUUUCAA